GGGAUUGUGGACUACAGAUGUUCCAACAGCUCUCUGGGAUCAACACCGUCAUGUACUACGGCGCCACCAUCCUGCAGAUGUCAGGAGUGCGGGAUGACAAGCUGGCCAUCUGGUUGGCCGGGGUCACAGCCUUCACCAACUUUCUGUUCACCCUCCUGGGGGUGUGGCUAGUGGAGAGGGUUGGCCGCAGGAAACUCACACUGGGGAGCAUCAUCGGAACGUGUCUGAGUCUGUCUCUGCUGGCCAUUGGGUUUCUGCUGUCUGCCCAACACACCCCUCCUGUCACCCUCCACCCCACUGACCCGUCAAUGGUCAACUCCACCUGCAACAAACACCUGCUGUGUGAGCCGUGUAUGCUGGACCCGGCGUGUGGCUUCUGUUACCGUGAGAACAGCACGGCUCUGUUCGCCUCAUCCUGUGUACCUGUCAAUACAGCCUCCACAGAGAAGGCAGCCUGGGGCAGGUGUUCCAACUCGACCCAGCUGAGAGUCCAUACGUACUGGGCCUAUAACUACUGUCCCACCUCCUACUCCUGGGUGGUCCUACUGGGUCUUGUUCUCUAUCUGGCUUUCUUCGCCCCGGGUAUGGGUCCGAUGCCGUGGACAAUCAACUCUGAAAUUUAUCCCCUGUGGGCCCGGAGCACAGGGAACGCCUGUUCAGCUGGAGUCAACUGGACGUUUAACUUCCUGGUCUCCCUCACCUUCCUCCAUGUGGCUCAGAACCUCACCUACUACGGAGCGUUUUUCCUUUACUCCGGCCUGGCUCUGCUGGGGUCCUUCUUCAUCUACGGCUGUCUGCCUGAGACUAAGGGCCGGAGGCUGGAGGAGAUUGAGUCCCUGUUCGACAACCAGCUGUGCUCCUGCGGGGCCACGGACUCUGACGAGGACCGGCAGGUGGAGUACAUCAGGGUGAAGGGGAGCAACUACCACCUCUCUGACAACGAUGCCUCCGACGUGGAGUAGCCCUAGCCUGUGUGCCAGUCUGUUUGUGCUUUCAUGCCAACUCACUGUCACUCAUUGUCACUCAUUGUCAUGCCAAAUAAUGGCUUGAUGAUGACAGCCAUGGAGUUGGCAAGAGCACAACAGAUCUAGUUUGUAACUUUGGCCCUGGAUAUUGUCCGUUCUCAUCCCAGAAAGUGUGUAUCAAAUGACUCAGUGUUGAUUUAGGAUCAGUUUAUCCUUUUAGAUCAUAGUAAAUAAUAUUACAAGGACAGGAAGCUUGAUACAGGUACAUACAGGCCCUGAUCUGCAUCCUCCCCGAGUCCUGUUCUCUGGUUUGCCUCACAGUCACGUCGGUUACAUUGCUCCAUCUUUUUCACGGACAGGGUAGCUAUUUAUAACACGUGAGUUACUUACACAUUUGAUUUUGCCUAUUUAAUGUUGUAGAUACAUCUAUAGUUUGACGAGAAUCCUCUUUUGGAUUUAAAAACCAUCACGUGAAUAGUAUUAAGCAUACAUUACAUUCGUAUUUAUCCUCAGCACUUAGACAUCCAUUUUACUGUUCAUCUGUCGCAUUAUUAUGGAUUUCCAUAUACGUGAGGCAGACCAACUACGAUUAACACAACUAUUGCUGUUUUCCUCACAUAAACCCAUAUGAUUAGAGAUAGAACCUCUUCACAACAAAACCUUAUUGUAGGAGGCCAAACGUCCACCAAAAGUGUUAAAUUCAGAGCGAGGGGUUGUAAUAUAUAGUGACGAUACCAGUAUGCCUUUCUAUAUGAAACACAACUCAGUACAAUAUUGUCUCAGCUUGUCUGUAGCGUCACACAUGGGGUGUCAAGACACUAGUAAUACACCUGGGCUCUACGUCCCAAACGGCACCCUAUUCCCUAUAGAGUGCACUACUUUUAACUAGAGCCGUAUGGGCCUUGGUCAAAAGUAGUGCACUAUAAAGGGAACAGCAUGCCAUUUGGGAUGUAGCCUGGUCUCCAUCUGAUGAUGAAGUUCGGUCUUGCUUUGCAGUUUUUUUUAAUCAUGUUGGUUGUAAAAGCUACAGUAGCACAUGACCUGUCUGUUUUCUCAUUUGUAAACCUAUGAAUUAUUAUGUUAUUUAUUCCUAUGUAUUUUACCCAUGAUGUCGGUGCUUGUACUGAAGUGAAAUGUAUGAAGGAGUUGACUAUAUGGCCAGCCAGCGUGAUGAUAGCCUUUUUGUUUAUUUCAGAAGUUGCACAAAUGUUUUUAUUGAUAAAUGUUGACUAGACUAUUCAUUGGGUUACUCAGUCCAUCAGAGAGAAUAACCUAUACACUGAAAUGGACAGUUUAGUCAGUUAAUGUUACACACAUAGUUGCUCUUUGGGAAAACAAUGUCAGAAAGAAUGUCUUAUUUUGUCUCCAUUUUAAGUUGUGUCUUCCUCCACAGCCUUAUGUACAAAUCGCAAUGCACACUCUUCACGUGAAAGAGCUGGGGUUCUCGUGUUCUAAAGGUUUCGAGGAGUACCGCACUGUACUUGCUAAUGUCCUUUUAUAUAUCGUUAAACUAUGUAAGGUGACACAUUUUUAGUUGAGUACUUGAGUACAAGAUGUGUGUGUAGCAGACUCUCGUUGAAAGUGGUCAACAUAACAUCGCUGAGAAUAUGUCUGUGUAUUAUUGUCUGUGACAAAACAAGAUAGAUAGCUACUAUUGUGAAUUCAAAUAGGAUUUUCUUUAGACUGAAAUGAAAUGACAGCAUUUCAAGGUAUCACUAGAUGUGUUUUGCCAGUUCAUUGGAACAACAAUAUCAAUAUCGGAUUAUUGAGUAUUUAUUAUCAAUAUUUGAGUAUUUGAUUAGAAAUGUGAUUAGAAAAGAGAGGAUACUAUAGGUAGACUAAACUGGAGGUUCACUGGAAGACGGAAUAACUUUUUGCUUUUAUUAUCACAAUUUUUUAGAGAAACAACAUUUUAUUGCACAUCCCCUUCACAGAGGCGACAACAUUGUCGUCAUGUAACAAACAUGUAAAUGAGAUAGUGUCAAACAAGUUAUUUGAUGUGUUGUGAUUUUCGAAUGCACUUUGAUUUUAAGACGGUCACAACCGCUUGACAACCCAUUGUGUUAUUAUUAUAUUGCCUUUGCUUUAAUUCCUAAAUGGGGUCAUCCAAUGUGUUUAUGGUGAACGGGUGCAAUUUUUUCUAUGUGAAAGCAAAUUAAAUGCAGUGUUUCAAUUCUAGGUUAUGAAGAAGAACUAGUGAAGACUUAAAACAAAUAUUUAUCCAGCGCUGUAUAGUAUACAUUUGAUUAUUGUUGCUGUAAAUGUUUUGCUAGAAUUUAUAUUCUAUCAAAGUAAAUAUAUUCAUGAGAAUCUUGAACACUUGAAUAUGUAUCGGGGAAAAAUAAAUAAACUAAUUAUCUUGCAAUGUCUGGCUUUCGUUUUAAUGUAGAAUCCCAAGGGCAUUGUUAUAAAUGUUUAAAUAUGCAGAAACAGAUCCUGUGCUAAAGGGAUGUAGUUGCUAGUGUUGUUCACAACUCUUAAAGCGAUACUUCGGGAUUUUACCUCCCCUCCUCGCCUGUCCUCCCCACCUCUCUCCUCUCCUUCACUUUUCACUAAUCUUUUCUUUGCUUCAGCAUGAGCAGAAUGUCUUCUAUUUCCUGAAGUGUCUCAACCUCCUCUGAAAGCCUGUUAACUAUGCUCUCAGGCAGUGACCUCCUCCCUCUCCUCUGCUCUCCCUCUCCUUUUCUCCUCUCUCUCAUCUCGAAGGUCUUCUCUAAGAGGAACAUUCUCAACAGGGUCCUGUACCUCUUAUUCUUCUUCCUGUCCUCUAUGCUGCAUCUGCUUACCUCUCAAGGCUGGAUGGAAAAGAGAAAAACAUCAUUAGGGAGCAACAUCCAUUUUCAAAAUAC